GGCGAGACAUCCUCGUGACUCGUGAGAGGCCCUCUCUCACCACUCUUUCAAGUUUCAACAUCUGAAUUUUUUACUUUUCUGUUUUCUUGGUUAAUUGUCUUCCCCUGGACAAGUUUCCCAGGAAUGUAAAACUUCUCCCGAGAAAAUAUCCAUUGUUUCCAUCGACGCCAAAACCAAACAACAUCGAGAAAACUCCCUUUGGGUUUUGAACCUUGAUCAUGGGUGCUGACUCUCCAUUAUCAGAAACAAGAUCAGUAGAAAAUCAAUUUGACCGUGAAGAUGUAAACGAAACGCGUUCAAAGGAAGCGAAGGGAAAGAGACUCUGGAAGAAAGUUAAAUAUCAGCUUAUUGAAUACCAUUCAUUGCCUUAUUUUUUAAGGGACAAUGAGUUCAUUUUGGGUCAUUACCGAUCGGAAUGGUCAUUGAAGCAGGUGUUUCUAAGCAUCUUCUCCAUUCAUAAUGAGACUCUUAAUGUCUGGACGCAUUUGAUCGGGUUCUUCCUUUUCCUUUUCCUAACCAUAUACACAGCAACAAAAGCUCCAGACCUCAUGGAUCUGUCUUCCCUGCAACGUUUGUCUGACAUGAUUAGAAGAGCCGAUUUGCACAGAAUUCAUCCAGAACUGUUGAAUUGCCUCCCUUCGCUAUCUUUGCCGUCUAUGGAUUUUCUCUCCUCAGUUUCAGGGAAUAUAAGGGAACUUCUCGCCAAUUGCUUGCCUGACCGGUUCUCCCAUGGCAAUCAAACAGAGAAUUCUGUUCUGGAUGGAGUAACGGAUGACGUGAUGAACAUGGUGGCCCCCCUUAUGUAUCGGCCCAUAACAAGGUGGCCCUUCUUUGUGUUCCUAGGUGGAGCCAUGUUCUGCUUGCUAGCCAGCAGCACAUGCCAUCUCCUUAGUUGCCAUUCAGCGCGCCUUUCCUACAUAGUGCACAGAUGUGACUAUGCAGGCAUCGCUGCACUCAUCGUGACCUCAUUUUACCCUCCUGUCUACUACUCCUUCAUGUGCAACCCCUUCCUUUGCAACCUCUACUUAGGUUUCAUCACAAUACUAGGUAUCACCACCAUGGUUUUCUCCCUCCUCCCAUUUUUCCAAGGAGCCAAGUUUCGUAGCCAUCGUGCUUCUCUCUUCUUUGGGAUGGGCGUGUCAGGUGUUGUGCCUUUAGUUCAUAAGCUCAUAGUGUUCAGGAAUCAGCCAGAGGCCAUCCAGACAACCGGCUAUGAGGUGUUAAUGGGGGUUCUUUAUGGACUAGGGGCAUUGAUUUAUGCUACAAGGAUACCCGAGCGGUGGAGACCAGGGAAGUUUGAUAUUGCUGGGAACAGUCACCAACUUUUCCAUAUCUUGGUUGUGGCAGCAGCUUACACACACUACCGUGCCGGUCUACUGUACCUAAGAUGGAGGGACUUGAAGGGUUGUUAGCUUGUAUUGAGACUAUAGGAGGACCAACAUUGGAUAAUAUUAUACAGAGGGUAUUUCUAGCCCUUCUGCGUUGGAUUUGGAUGUGUAGUUAACUUUUGCCUCUGGCCAUCUGAAAAUUUGUACAUAUUCCUUUUUACUUGAUGAAAAACUUCCAGCAAAUGUAAUCAUAAGUUUGGUAAAAGAAGAAAUACCUUUCGUAAAC